CACAACUUGUUAAUGUCAUAGUUUAAGAGGAUGCACCACAAGCCUGCUCAAGAUUGGCAGUAUCCAAAAACUAAUGCUGCGUUGCCGAACCGUCCAGCGGGUUUUCACAUUGCAUUGGCGGAUGGAUUGCAUUCCGAGUGGGUUCAUCUGCAGGUUGAGAAUCACCAUCGGUUGGAUGUGACCAAUUCUUGCAGGACACUAUGCUAGGCUUAUUUGAGUAGUGUCUCGGAUCCUCAGAGCGCCCAAGUCCAUAAAAGCAUGGGUAUUGAGGUCUGGAAUUAGGGUUAGGAGAAGGGCAGUACCUUGGUGGAUCAAGUCUAGGGCUUGAGGAGGAGAAAGAGAGCUGAAAGACAUUAGUUUGUUGAGGUGAAAGUUAUGAGAGUCAUCUAGUAUGUAUUGAAUCUUUGAGUAGCUCCCCCGGCGAUUUAAAAUCCAUGGAGGGGUAAAGAGAAGUUGGCUGGGUUGACGUUGUUGUCAUAAGUCGGAAUAAACUUGAUUCGUUACUGAAGGCUUUAGCCGCUGUCAGUUUGGCACCCAGUAAAAAGUUCGCGGGCCGUUGAAGGCGUGAGCGAAGUGGUGCCAAUUAUUUCUCUUCUCUCCUCUCCCUUGUCCCUUGGGCAAGGUUCUGACAUUCCACUGACUUCAUCGAUGCCCUGUACCUGCGCCAGUCUUCCAGCUUAUCAGAAUCAUCGGAUCUUUCUCCACUGAUAUCGCCUGUUUCUGCAUUCUCUAUUACCAUCCUCGUCCUCCUGCUCCCAAGAAUCCUCAACAAUAUUAGGAACCUGCUCAUGGCGACGACUACAGCGACGGUGACGGCUGACCCCGCGCUGCAAGCGCAGCAGUUUCCCCUCCCAAAGAUCCUCGAAUACCCCGCGUCGACCCCGCCAAUCCUCAUCACCCAAGGUGCCGAGGGUCGCCUCUACAAAACCACUUACCUAUUACCCGAUAUUCCCUGCGCCCUCAAGUAUCGCCCUCCUAAGCCCUGGCGUCACCCGAUUCUUGAUCAGCGGCUCACGAAACACCGGAUCCUUUCAGAAGCUCGUAUUCUUGCAAAGUGUCGCCGCGAUGGGGUUCGUGUACCAGCUGUGUAUGCUGUGGAUGAAUCUGCUGGGUGGUUGAUGCUGGAAUGGAUAUCUGGAGGCCCUGUUCGAAAGGGCAUCAAUGAGCGGCUCGGAAAUAGAACUGAAGGCAUAGAGAGCGAUGCUGAGCUGAAGGACCUCAUGCGAAGGAUCGGUACUGCUAUUGGCAACAUGCACAAGGUCGGCAUUGUCCACGGUGACUUGACCACAAGCAACAUGAUGUUGCAACCCCCAGCUAACCCCCAAGAUGGUAAUUCCUUACAUGGAGAAUUGGUUAUUAUCGAUCUGGGUCUUGCGAGUGGAAGUAUAUCAGACGAAGACCGGGCAGUGGAUCUCUACGUUCUGGAGAGAGCAUUUGGUAGCACACAUCCAAGAGCAGAGUGCCUCUUUCCAGAGGUGCUCGAAGCCUAUGGCCAGACCUUCAAACAGGCCAAGAUUGUUCUCAAGAAGCUAGAAGACGUGCGGAUGAGAGGCCGCAAACGAAGCAUGCUUGGGUAAACAAAAAGAAAAACAGAAAAGCCGUCUUGCAGCCAAUUUCCCUACCAUAGUGUCUAAACUCCGUGUAUCUGAUGCUCGCUGUUUUGCAAAAAACAAAUGGACAAAUGAUGCCACUACAUUCCAUCCUAUAUGGCUUGGAGAUCCAAUAUGCCAGAAACCCAAUGGUUCAUCAUCUCUUCCUUUUUCCCUUUCUUUGUCUUUCCUCUUUUUCCCGGCCGUCAGGGAAUUGUCCAACUAUGGUGCCACCAGCUCCGCUCCAGCAAAAUAUCCCUUGUUCUCUAUGACGCCUCGAUCCUGUACGAAUGCUGUGUAUCGCACUACCCAUUCCGGGACAAUCUCUCCUGUCAAACCCGCACCGCUGUUAUCGGGAUCGGCAAGGAGACCUGCGCCGUUCGGCCCGUGGCUAAGAAGUUCUCGAAGAGUACCGUGAGGAAGAAUAUCGAUACAGUCGUUGUGAACAUGCAAUUCCACGCCUUCUUCCUCGGCUAGCUUUUUCAGCGGAGGCGGAACAUCGCAGCAGUUUCGCAGGUUGAUCUGGUCGAUGACGGGCCGGACACUCGCACGCUUAAUGAAAGCGCCAAGUUUCUCGCUACCAAACUCGGCCACAGCAAGACGCUUCACGAGGCCUUGCUUGUGCAGGCCCUCGAACACCUUCCAAGUCGCAAGCUCCUCUUCAAGGUUCCCCUGUUGGGCAUUGGUCUUGUCCGCCUCCCAUUCGCAGUUUCCUUCGAACGAAAUGCCAGGAAAAGAUACAAUCAGGAGGUCGAUGGUCUGAAUGCCGAGUUCUCUCCGGACCAAGUCCAGAGCCUCUUUGACAUGUUGUUCCCGAGCAGCUACUGACAUACCCGGGAGAACAAAAAACUUGACAGUGAUCUCAUACUGACUGGGUUCCUCUUGGAGGCCCGCGGCGUUCCAAUUAAUGCGAGGAACGUAUAGCGCAUCGCCUUCUUGUUCAGUCCAGAGGUCGACGGCUGUGUGCUUGCCUUUGGGCGUGUCGCCGUUCGUGAAGCCGUUCGUUUCUUGCGCAUCGAUCGCAUAAUCGCGCUGAGCUUCGGCGAUGUUGUCACGCAGAGAAUUGACGAGUUCGAGGUUGGAUCUGUUGUUGCCGGGUUUACGGAUAAUGGAGGGGCCUGCCAACAUGACAUUGCUGUCGAGAGGGGUUUUGUAAGCAUCCAUUAAAACUGCAGAGAAGUCAGAUAAAUACAUACGCAGUAGAUAGAAUAAGUCUCGUCAUGAUGAGAUUAUGUGAGAUAAUUGGAACACUAAAAUACGAGAGAGAUAAUCCCAACAAACAAAUGAGAAGAGAAUGGUUCGAGGAGAGACUUUUAGUAGACAAGAGGGAAAUUUUCGCCGUCGGGGUCUUCGAGGCGUAAACUCGGACACGCCAGUAUUAAACCUGCAGACCAAAAUAGUCUAUUCCAAGGCGCGCCCACUGUUGAAAUACGUGGGGUAAAGCAGAUAGCUUAGUAAUGUUUAAUUAUUCGAGGUCAAAGUUAUUAAUCACAGGCGAA